CGACACUUGCCAUUGGACUGCACUUAUGGCAAACAAAAUACAUACCUAAAUUAUCCAAUUCAAUAUACUUUUCUGGGUUACUUCUUCAUUUUGUAGUCACUUCUAAUUGUGGAAUGUCACUAAUAUGGUAGCCUUGUUUGUGUAUCAUGUUUGUAGCUACAUCUGUAAGGCCAUUAUAAAGGCUGCAUCACUUGAAACACAAGAAGCGCUGAGUCUCAAGGUCAAGCAAUCCUUGAAUGGCACUUAUGAAGAGGGACUAUUAUCCUUGUAUGUGAAACCUGAAGAUGUGGCUGUCAAGCCAAUAGCCCUCAUGGAUUGUCCAGAAAGCUUUUCCCACACAACCUACAAGGGGAAUUAUUCCUGGCCGCUAACAAAGCCAGCGGCCAAAGCGGCGGUGAACUGCAGGAAAAACCCUCUGCAGUCUGCUGAGAGGAGCUGUGGAAUUAAUAUUGAACUGGAGCAAGCUUUUUGGAGGAAACCAGAUUUGACUGAAUGUAGAUUACUGGAAGAACUCCCAAAUAAUAUCUUAGACCUCCAGGAUACCAUGAUAACAGAAGAGAAUGCACAGGAUGUUGCAGAGCAGAUUCUAUACCUCUUGCCAAAUGCAACCCUGCAAAUGGAAGAACUGGAAGUCAUCACAAGUAAAGUUUCUGAGAUUGUAAGGCUUGCAGACGUGAGCGUGGCACUUGCAGAGUCCAUAUUGUCUAUACUAAACUAUAUUUUGCUGCAAGAAAUAGAAGACGAGAACAUGAGAAAAGUGACCAAUAGUAUCCUGAAGACAACUGAGGAGAUGGGCUAUAAGGUGACUUACACAGAAAGAAACACAUCGGUCAUAACCACUUCCAUGGCUCUGCUGGUGACUCGUCCAGACCCCAGCACGUUUGGAGGGCUGGCCUUUGGCGUUACCUCCUACAACAGAGGCCUGGAUCUCAAGAUCAACAUUCAGGAAAACCCUUUCAAAGAGGCCUUGGCCUCGGUGUUUUUGCCAGAAUCACUGAAGAAAUUCCUUGGGAUCAAGCACUCUGACCCGGAGAAGCGUUCCACGAUCCAGUUUAACUUCUUUGGCACGACUUCACUCUUUGUGGAUGGCAGCUUAACGAAGGAGAGGUUGAAUACUUAUGUUGUGAGUGCCAGCAUUGAAAAUGCAUCAGUUCAGACCCUUAAGGAGCCUGUGACUAUUACUCUUCAGCACAUAGACCAUAAUACGGGGAAUGCAGCGGUGCACUGUGUCUUUUGGGACUUCGAGAAGAACAAUGGACUGGGUGGUUGGAAUACGUCAGGGUGUGAAAUGGAUUCUACAGAUAGGAAUUAUACAAUCUGUUUUUGUAACCAUCUUACCCAUUUUGGAGUCCUGCUGGACUUGGCCCGGACGGAGAUAGAUACCACACAGGAGCGAAUAUUAACUCUGAUAAGCUAUGCAGGAUGUGGUGCUUCUUCCCUGUUUCUGUGUUUAACACUGGUGACAUAUCUAGCCCUUGAAAAGCUGCGGAGAGACAACCCUGCAAAACUCCUGCUCAACCUUUGUGCUGCGCUGCUGAUGCUGAAUGUGGUCUUCCUCACCGAUUCCUGGCUGGCCUCCUUCAACCAGCCAGCUCUCUGUAUCACCGUGGCCGUGCUCCUUCACUAUUUCCUCCUUGCAGCUUUCACGUGGAUGUGUCUGGAGUCUGUUCAGUUUUACUUGGCUCUCGUCAAGGUUUUCAAUGUCUACGUCCCAAAGUACAUCCUAAAAUGCUCUAUUGCUGGCUGGGGAAUACCAGCUCUCGUCAUUUCUACUGUGCUCAUUAUAAAUAAAGACUUCUAUGGCGAUGGAUCACUCUCAGAGAGCAAUCCAUUCAGCAACUUCAGCAACAAAGAUUUGGAUAAAAUCUGGAGAAGCAGUGAGAAAAGUGUUGGAAUACUGAAGACUUCUCAGUCUUUCUUGGACAGAGCCAUCAGCAUGUUCCCUGCUUUAGAGGUGGGACAGAGGGAAGCAGAGCAGGCUGCAUGGAUGGGCCUCCAUUCUUGCUGAAAUGACACCAGUUUUUCCUCGCCAUUCCCAUACUGAAACCGGCUGAGGAAACCCUUGGAAAAGGAGGCUGGAAGGGAUGCAAGAAUGGAGAAACAGGAUAAAAGGUAUUUGAAGCCAUUGAUUAAUGUCAGCACUUGAGAUCCUGUCACAGGCAGACUGAGUCCCACUGACUCCACUGAAUAGCCUGGAUUCAGACAUAGCAGAAGUGGAAACAGCCCUGGGUGUGUUAGUAACUUACUUUAAACAUGGCCUGCUGUCUCUGACAUUGAUGCUCACUUCAGGUGUACAUUUGGGCUUUCCCAUUCAACACCUGGCUGCUUGAACACUGAGAAAUGGACUGGGAAUAGUCACACAAGUCACACAGCCCAUAUAAAAGCUGUCAGAUAAAAGCUUCAUUCUUAGUAUUGACAUGAGUUACGAUACUGUUUGUCCCCUCCUUUUUCCAGCAGGUCGAGGGAGGUGUAAGAGGAAUGUGCCUGUGGUGCCCCAAUGGCAGAGUCCUGCUCUGUGCUGAACAGGCUGGGCACAUGGAUAGCAUUUGGGCUCAUCUGUAGAAGAGAUCUUCAUCUGAGAAAAGCCUUUUAUGAGAGAGGAUGCCACAACAGCGACUACCACAAUGCAGGGCUAGGAUAGACAAGCUGUUUGGUAUCUCUCUGCUGUUAACACCCAGAGAACAUAAACAUCAGUGGAGAGACAGAAAGAUAAACCAGCCAGCAAUAAACAGAUGGCCAUGUUGCUGGGGGAGACAAUCAAAGCAAGGGUCGAAAAGGAGUUUGAGAUACAAAAGAGCAAUGAAGACAACUAAAUAGUUUUAUGCAGAAAAGAUACAAAUAAUGACCUAAGAAAGUGAGUUAAAAUAAUCCUAACCCCCCCCACCCCAGGCUGGCUAAUGCAGCUGCAGUUCACUUUUGUGCUCCUGGCACUGUAGCUACAAAGCAUUUUGACAUACUUGUAUAAAUAACAAUCAAUGCAGCAUGACCAUUAUUGCAAUGUAUGCUGAAAUAACAUCAUUACACUACACAAAAUAAUUACCAUUUUGGCAAGUCUGCUUCUGUGAUGGAGGGAAGGUUUUGGCUCUCCUCUCUGUUUUUUGGCUUGACACACAGGAAAUGGUACCCAAAGAGCUUUUUCUGAGCGGGUGACUCUAUGCAGCACAUGGGACUUCAGACAGGAUUCACACUGCAUUCAAACAGACGAUUUGCAUUAAAAACACAGCUAAACGCUAUUCUCUUGAGUAUUUGACUCCAUUUUUUUUGCAGCAUGGAGCUCAAAAGGAACAUUCAUUUUCUUCGAAGGCUGGUACUUAAAACAACAGCCAGAAUUACCCAAAUUGCUUUUCUCUUCACACCAGAAGAUACUGCUCUAAAAGAAUGCCUUAGAGUUGUUUACUGGUUACAAUAAUGACGCCACUCUUUUCAUUUUCAGCUGGAUUUGCACAACUGAAAGCUAUCAGAAUCUGUGUUUAAAACAUGGUGUUUUUUUCCUGCCUGGUUUCUACCCAUGUCAGUAUCGAAGAGCACACAAAACGAACAGAAACACUGAAAUUCUACCCUCAUAAACAAAUUGCAGAUUUCAUGUUUACUGGAUGUCCCUCAGGCUGUUGUUUGGUCUUGAGAAUGUUAUAGAAUCCCAGCCUGGUUUGUGUUGGAAAGGACCUCAAAGCUCCUCCAGCUCCAACCCCUGCCAUGGGCAGGGACCCCUUCCACUA